AUGACUGGGUCUCAUCGGAUCGUCGCCGGUUCUUGCGUCUUGGACGCGCCUUCGGGGAGGCGGCUGCCUGGCUCGGAGGUGAGGGGAGGGAGGGAAGUCGUUUGGCUUAUUCCGGGUGGGAUCGGUGUGCUUGGGUGGUUCCUCUGUCGUCUGGGCUGGAAGGAAGAGGCUCCACUCUGGGAAGCCGUCGGCCAGAUAGAUCUGCGCCGAGGACGAGAUCGCGGAGAUCGGGGUGGCUGCGGGAAGGCGCUUUUGGGAUUCCUCGAUCGAAGAGGACCUACCUCAUCCCUCGACCGGGAUUCGUCGCGAAAUCAGGGGUUCCGAGAAAUCGUGACGGAGGUGGAAUCGUAG